CUUCUUUGCGCGCUUCCAGAUCUUCAACGAAGCUGUAAUAAUGUAAAGGAAAAUAGUAUGUAAUUGUACGAGAAGAAAAUUGAAUGUAUGAUCAUAUGGUCAUUACUUGUCAUUCACAAUAGUUUAACCAUGUCAUUAAACCGCAUUCUCGCUUUUGGGGCAGGUAGAAUUCCUAUCAGUCUUUUACUCCGUCAAACUCAACAAUUAAAAAUGCCUGUUUUGGAAGAAAUUAUAGCGAAAAACAAACGCAAUCAGGAUAUCAUCACGUCUAUUGCUUCUGAGUUGAAGGUGAUGCGCGGCGAACUACUUGCACGCAAGAAGCAGCAAUUGAGUCAAGAAAAUGCAUUACUAAGGCAACAAGUUGAAGUCGCCAAACAGCAGCUAAUAGCACUAGAACUUAGUCAUGGAAAAAAACAAAUUCCCUUACCUAAUACGCGUGGACUAUGUACUGAAGCGCCUAACACACCCAUUGUUGACUCAACUGUUAAAAGCAAUCAAUCAGCGGAGGAUGCCACUUCAACCGAAAAGAAGCAAAGUGCACCAAAAGAAAAGAAACCUAAAAAAGAGAAGCCUAAUACAACCACCGGCAAUGUAAAUGUUGCAUCCGAACUUCCGGUUGAUGUUGGACGUCUUGAUAUGCGUGUGGGCAAGAUAAUAGAAGUUGGUCGUCAUCCCGAUGCAGAUAGCUUAUAUUUGGAAAAAAUUGACUGUGGAGAAGCCCAACCACGAACUGUAGUAUCUGGUCUGGUCAAAUUUGUGCCUUUGGAAGAGAUGCAAAAUCGUUUGGUUGUUGUACUAUGUAAUUUGAAGCCAGCUAAAAUGCGUGGAGUUACUUCUGAAGCUAUGGUCAUGUGUGCAUCAACACCCGAUAAGGUGGAAAUUCUUAGUCCACCAGCUGGUGCGCUUCCCGGUGAUCUGGUACAUUGUGAAGGCUAUACUCGUCAACCAGAUGGGCAACUAAACCCUAAGAAAAAAAUUUUCGAAACAUGUGCACCUGAUUUAAAAACUAAUGAUGAACUCGUUGCAUGCUAUAAAGGCGCAGCUUUGCUUGUGCCUGGAAAAGGGAAGAUAGUCUCGCAAACUCUGAAAAACGUGAACGUAAAAUAAUUGAAAAGUCUGUCAUAAAAAACCUUGUUACCUUCUACGGGAAAUAAAAGACAAACAUUGUUUGUUAAUAAAACAAUUUAUUAAU